ACCAAUCACACACACACACUCAGUAGUACUUAGGAAGAACAUCCACCCGGGAUCUGCGCGAAGUAUACGCUCUGUAACUUAGUUUGCUGCCUUACCAAGCUCUUCUAGUUCAUUGUUUCUCGUCUCGACUACGUUAUCUGAUAUCCCCAUUUGGAUUGUUCGCCCGAUCGCUCGACCCUUGCUUACUCUACGACUACGCUUCCGGAACUUCCCGACUCUACUCGGUUCACUCGCCUCCCGCGCCUGCUUCCGUACCAUCUCAAGUGCAGAGCUCGACGCUAUGGCAAGAACAAUGCAGACUGCCCGUAAGGCCACCGGUGGCAAGGCGCCAAGGAAGCAGCUCGCCACUAAGGCUGCCUGCAAGAGUGCGCCGGCUACCGGCGGCGUGAAGAAGCCUCACCGUUACAGGCCCGGCACCGUGGCUCUGAGGGAGAUCCGCCGUUAUCAGAAGUCUACUGAGCUGCUCAUCCGCAAGCUGCCCUUCCAGCGCCUGGUGAGAGAAAUCGCUCAGGACUUCAAGACCGAGUUGCGUUUCCAGAGCGCAGCCAUCGGGGCCCUACAGGAGGCGAGCGAGGCAUACCUGAUCGGUCUGUUCGAGGACACCAACCUGUGCUCUAUCCUCGCCAAGAAAGUGGCCAUCAUGCCCAAGGAUAUUCAGCUGGCCCGCCUUAUUCGCAGAGAACGCGCUUAAAUGACAACUCCGUCUAAUAAACACAAAGACCAGCUCAUUGUCUCAGAAAAAAUAUCUUCGUUCUUUGGCUGUUUAAAUAUUUAUAAUGUGGUAAAGGGAGCAGAAAUGUAUAAAUAAUAUAUGUAUAGAUAUGGAUGAUUUAUAUUUCCAUAAACAUUAUACAUGGGUUUCUAAAUGUCCAUGUUAUGUAUAUUGUAUAAUGUGUGUGUCUGUGUAUCCAUAUUCACUUGCCUUUCUUUUCUGUUUAGAAAUUGAGUUAUUUACUAUCUCCAUGUCAAGUGCUGAGGAUAUGUUAUUUAAAAAAGCUAUACUAUUACUAUUAUUAGGAAGUUGGGGUCAGAGCACAGGGUCAGACAUGAUUUGAUGCCCCUGGAGCAGAGGGUUAAGGGCCUUGCUCAAGGCUUCAACGGUGGAAGUGCUGGGGCUUGGACCAUUGACGUUCUAAUCAGUAAUCCAGCGCCUUAACCCUUGAGCCCCCACUGCCCACCGUGUAUUAUAUUUUUUAUGUCAAAAUAAUACAAUAAACUGUGAUAACGCUGA